GGCUUGUGCCCCUUCAGCCACAUUGUGGGGCUUUGACCAUAGCUCUAUCACUCACCUUCAAAGUACUCACCAUUGUCGUGAAACAUCAGCAAACAAGCGACUCGAUUGCCAGCUUAUGAUAUCAACAUGUCUGCAAGUGCCGAAUAUUUAGACGCCAUGGACACCGAUGCACCAACCUCCACACGGCCUCAAGACUCAGCAACACCAGCAGCAUCGCAGCAGACAUACCGUCAGAUCGCAGCCUCCCACAUCGAAGGCCUGAACAAACUGAACAGCAACCUGCCCGAUAUCCUCGCCCUAAUCGCCGCUUCCUUGUCGCAACUCACCAAUAACCCCAUCCAAUCUGGGCCACAAGACGACUCGCCGGGAGCGCGCGAGAGGGACAUGGUAGCUUUCAGCCAAGCUGUGAAGGGCCUUGUGUCUGGCCUCCGAGAAGCUCUGGUUGACGAAAUCAACGAUCUAGAGCGCUACAAGGUUAUUCCUGCGACGAUGACCAAAUUCACAGCUCUGCCGAGCGCAACACCGAGCAUGGGGCAACAGCAGCAACAGGCGCCGGCGAAGCAGGACCCUGACGCCGGGGUCAAGAAUGGAGGGUAUGGCAGCUUCGACGUUGGCGUGCUCAACUCGAAGGUCAAGUCUGGGCAGGUCGAGGGUAACGACACAUUGGAUAGGGUCAAGGCUGUGCUGGACGAGCUCCUGGAGAGGAGCGGGCAGCAGAGCAAUGGAGACGAGAUGGCAGUCGAUGGGUGAAGAGAAGGGCGAACCGAGUCACGACGAAAAAACCACACAACAGCUGCUCUGCAUUGGAAGGGUCAGAUUGCUCGGUAUAAUGGAUUACUGAAGAUCUCCAGGACUUCACCAUGGGCCGCGACAGGCGAUCAAUUCGAGCUACAAGCUUGAGCACAGUAU